GCAAUAUAAGUUACCGACCCAUAUAGACCAAUUGUAUGUAUUUUGAUUGUCACUUCUCUACUUGAAGUUCUGUUACGUCAUUCAUUUAAAUUUCAAAGGAAGUAAAAACAAGUCUCGACAGACGUCGCAGUAACAUGGAAGGCCAAGUACCCCAAAAGAAUCGCCUCCAACUAGAUGACGUUUUUCAAUGGGUCCGCUCGUUUGGAAGCUAUCAAAAGAUCCUUUACAUAGUUGGGAAUUUGCUUCUAACGCCCAUUUCCUUACAGUUCGCGUUGUUAGUGUUUGGAACGGGAACUCCAAAGUUUCAUUGUAGUUCUCCCAACUCCACGUGUCCGUCGGGAAAAUGUUGUGAUAACUGUACAAGUUAUACUUUUGAUGGUCCAUUUACGAGCGCCGUAUCCGAGUGGAACCUUAUCUGUGACCGUGCCCACAUCGGUGCGACAGUCCAGUCAUGUUUCUUCAUUGGAAUGUUACUUGGUUCCAUACCUGGUGGAUGGUUGUCGGACACAUUUGGCAGACGAAUUUGUAUAAUAGUCGGCCUCUCGAUGAUGUUUGUCUCUUCCAUUGGAACGUACUUCGCCGACUGUCCUUCUCUACUCGCCUUGCUUCGGCUCUUCGUCGGUUUUUUCCUUGUCUCCCUUAUGCUUUGUCAAUAUGUGUACAUCAUCGAGAUCGUUGGACCACGUAGGCGAACAUUUUCUGGUAAAAUACAGGAUUUCUUUUGGGACUUCGGGGAUGUGAUUUCAUUCCUUUUGGCAUACCUUAUUCGUGACUGGAGAAUGUUAACAUUGAUAUCUACGUUGAUUAUCAUCCCAUUCAUUUUGUGCUGGAGGUUUGUACCGGAGACAGUACGAUGGCUUGUGGCCAACAAUCGUCUGGACGAGGCCUGCAACCAACUCAUGAAGUAUGGUGGAAGAAAGAAGCAGAAAUUAAACCGAGAUGAGCUGAUGAACCUCCUCGAGGAAGUACAAGAAAAUGAGAAGAUGGAAAAAGAAAGGAGGGGAAAAAGAAAACUUUCGCCACUUGAUUUGUUCAAAACACCGAAAAUCAGGAAACGAAGCUUCAUUCUUGGAUUCAACUGGUUCGUGAUCUCAAUGGUGUACUUUGGUUUCUAUCUUUACAUAACUGCCUUGUCUGGUAACAUCUACUUCAAUUUUCUCAUCAUGGGACUCCUCACUAUUCCUAACCUCCCUAUCUCUUACUUCCUGAUGGAAAAAUUCGGUCGUCGUAUUCCUUUCAUUGGAUACAUGUUCUUAAGCGCGUUACUUUGUCUGUCUGUACUUGUCAUCCCAGGAGAUAACAAGACAGCUGUCCUGGCCAUCGCCAUCAUUGGUCGUGUCUUGAACUCUUGUUGCUUCAACAAUGUCUACCUUUACACCUCUGAACUCUAUCCAACCGUUAUCAGGAAUGUCGGUAUUGGUUUUGGAUCGACUUGUGCAAGGAUUGGAGCCAUUUUAUCGCCAUACAUCGUGAUGCUGUCCCAGCUCCCAGGUCUUAAUGUAACUCUACCUGUAACAGUGUUCGGGAUUUGUGGCUUGUUCGCUUCAUUGCUGUCGUUAUGGUUACCCGAGACCCUCAACGCGACGAUGUCACAAACGGUGGAGGAAGCUGAGAUCGAGAAGGAAACAUUCGCGCUGCCUUGCCGAAUUGCUCGCAGCAGGCAUGCUCAGCAGGUGGAGAUGGAAAAGACUCCCGAAACAUCUGAGGAAAAGGAACUAAUGAAAGACGACGAGAGGAUAUAGAUCGUGGGAAAAUAUUUCGAGUUCAAGUCUAAUCGAUAAAUAGUCAUACGAAAACUGCUGUUUAACUACCGUUAACUUACGUCAACGAAUUACGAAUCGCUCUUUUUUGUUUUGUAGUAAAAAAAGGAAAAUUCCCGAUGGUGUUUCGCGAGAUUUCCUCUUAUUUUACAAGAUAUGACUUCAACACUUGGUCAAAAUUAAUUUAUAUACCUGUCCACUUGGUUACCGCCUUAUGAAGGAACAAAUUUUUAAACCUUGCAUUUUACUCUCUUUCAGAAAUCGAUGUAACUAAGUAUAUUGACAUUUUUAAAAUAUAAUUCCUUUUGGUUUAAGAAUCAACUCACGUUUUUCCUUGUUUUUGAGACCAUUUUUUUUAAAUCUCUUUUUCCUUAUCUUGAAUGUUGCCUUUUAGUUUUAAAUAUAAUCUAAUAUAGGUUUUCUAGUUUUCUUUCCAACGCGAUAAAUUCUAUUCCAAUUGUCAGUCGAAGAGUUUGGUCUAUGCCUUAGCCUUUAGCCUUGCCCUGACUCCGACCAACCCAGAGGUUUUUCCAGGGUUUGAUCUGUGAGUUAUUCACAUGCGAUUAGAUUUUCAAUUGAUUCUCUCCUUUAUAUUAGAGAAAGUUUUCUCCGGGUUUCUUCCCGUCACGAGACCAAAAAUCCCUGAUUAAUAAGACUCUUCAUCGACAAGUGGUUGGUAAACUCAGAAUGGCGAGUUUGUUAAUUUACAUCUUUUAUAAAACUUUCAAACGCUUUUCCUUAUAUAUUUACAUUUAAGACUUUUUUUAUUUACGUUUAUUUCUUAACACACAGUAUUACAACAUUAGCUUAAAAACGGUUAAAUUAAUAUUUACAACGUUGUAGCUAAGUAGAGUAUUCUACUGAAUAAAGAAAAAAUAUACAUUC